UCCACACUGCCCUCGCUCUUCCCUCGCACGAUGAGCGCACCCGCGCCGAAGAUCUCCUUUGGCUUCAAGGCCAAGGUCGCGCCCAUCGGCGGCGGCAGUGCUGCUGCCGGGCCCUCCAAGCCGCCCGCACGCCGCGCUGCGUUUGGCGGCGACGAUGAUGACGACGACGAGGCAGACGCCGCUGCGCCGCCCGUCGCCAGCAGCAGCAGAGGCACUGUAGCUGGCCGUGGCAAAGCAGCCGCAAAGCUGAAGCUGCCGGGCGGAGCAGCGCCGCCAUCGCGCGCGUCGGCAGCGCGGCAGGCAGAGGCGCUGGCGCUCGACGAGAAGGUGUUUGACUACGACGGCGUGUACGACGCCAUGAAGGGCGCGCAGGACGCAAAGAAGAAGCGCAUGGAGGAGGCCGGCCGCGAGGCCAAGUACGCAGACGCCUUUGCCGCCUCGGCGCAGCAGCGCAAGAUCGACUUUGCGCGUGCCGAGGCCAAGAAGAUUGCGCGCGAGCGCGAGCAGGAGGGCGACGAGUUUGCGGGCACCGAAGCGUUUGUCACCGAGGCGUACAAGCAGCAGAUGGCCGAGAUUGCCGAGGUGGAGAAGCGCGAGAAGGAGGAGGAGGAGCGGAAUCGCGGCAAGUCGGCACGCGGCAUGGCAACAUUUCAGAAGGAGAUGCUCGCCAAAGAGGCUGCAGCGCACGAGGCUGCCGUCGCAGCAUCGCUUGCGGCGCCUUCGAGCGAGUCGCCGGCUGCCGAAGCGCCAAAGGAGAAGACGCAUCGCGAGCUGGCCGAGGAGGCGCGCGCCAAGGGCCUCAACGUGCGGCUCAACGACGACGGCGAGCUCGUCGACGAGCGGUCGAUCUUGACCAAGGGCCUCAACCGCAUGGCGGGUCGCAAGGCUGGUCCAGCCGCGAGCACAGCCACGCGCGAUGCUCCUCAUCCUGCCGGGCAGCCUCGCGACGGCGCACGAGAAGCCCGCGAGGCGCGCGAGGCCCAGCGCGCGCGGCAGAGCCGCAUGGUCGAAGACCAGCUGCUCGAGCUCGAGCAAAAGCGCCAGCGCGAGGAGGAAGAGGAGAUGCUCGAGCGCAAGCGCCGCGCCAUGGGCCAGCGCCGCAACGACGAGACGGCCGUCAGCAGUGCCCGCGAGCGGGCGCUGGCGCGCAAGCAGCAGCGCGAGGCACAGCAGGCGCAGGCCGACGCUGCGCCACAAUAAUACCUCUGACACAAUGCAGCUUCACUUUCCAC